AUGGCUCAAACACCUCCCUUUGUCACCAACUCCACCAGUUCUACUCCUUCUACCGAACCUCAUAUCAUUGCCAUCAAUGCAAAUGCUCAGCUUCUCUACAAGCUAACCUCCAAUUUUCCUGCAUGGCAUGCCCAACUUGAUAGUCUUGGCAUUGGGUAUGAUCUCCAGGGUUUCAUCACUGGUUCCAACCCGUGUCCAAUACUUGAGACACUUCAAGAGAAGCUUGGCUCAAACUACACAAAUUGUUCUCGAACGAGGGUCAUGCAAGUCAAGGACACACUCACUUCAUUGAGUUGUGGUUCCAAGAGUGCUACAGACUACCUCCAGCAAGUGAAAUCCACUUCCGAUGAACUAGCACUCAUUGAUUCACCCCUCACAAAUGAUGAUCUCAUGCUUUGCAUUCUCAAUGGCUUGGAAUCCGAAUUUCGUGAUAUUGCAAGUUCCAUUCGCACUCAUGAAAAUCCUCUCACCUUUGACGAGCUCCCUGACUUGCUUGUUAGACAUGAGAGUUAUCUCCAUCAUCUUGAGACGCUGUCGUAA